AUGUGCAGGGCACAGGGCGUGUAUGAGGGAAACAAGCAUGUGAAUGCUAGCUGUGUGUGUCGGGACAUGGUGUGCACCGGUUGGGGGCUCUAAGGGUGGGUGGGGGAAGGAGCCCCGGGGAAACAGUGUGCCUUUGUGAGGGUGUGUGUGUGUAUGUGUGUGUGUGUGUGUGCGUGUGCCGCUGAGUCUGUGUGCAGUGGGUGUGGGUGUUUGUCUCCCUGUAUCCGCCUUCUCUCCCGUUCUGGACUUUUAGCCUUCCUGGGCUCAUUUCCCCCAUGUCCUACCUCCUCCCUCUCCGGGCUCGAAUUAGGUGCCCUAGUGGAGGAGGGGGGCAUGCUCCAGGACCCAGUCCAACCCCAGACGCUGCCUGAGGCUUCCCUCCAGCUCCCCCUCCCUUCCUUUUCUCCCUUUCCUCCCUCCCUCUCUUUCCUCUCCUCCCUCCCCCCCAAGGCUGGCGUGCCAGGGGGUGGGACAUGCCAAUCACUGGCUGUGCCUCUCCGGCUGCCAGCACAGGGCGCAGCUCCCCCCGGGAGCCAGGUGUUUGGGUCCCUGGAGACGCCGCCGGCCCCCGGGGAGGCAGUGGGGCUGAGGACCCUACAGACCCUUCUCCAGUCCCAUGGGAACCCUGACUCCCACCACCCCCAUCCACCUUCAACCCCCCCAAGAUGGACUGAACCAGGUUGCUGGCCAGACGGACAAGCUGGAUGCCAAGGUGAUGACCUCCCCCUGAGGAAGCCCUGUACCGCGACUAGAGGAAGGGGCUGCCCCCCCCAACCCCAGCCCACCACCAUGAAUACCUCAGCCCCACCCGCCGUCAGCCCCAACAUCACCGUCCUGGCACCGGGAAAAGGACCCUGGCAAGUGGCCUUCAUUGGGAUCACCACAGGCCUCCUGUCCCUGGCCACAGUGACAGGCAACCUGUUGGUACUCAUCUCCUUCAAGGUCAACACUGAGCUCAAGACAGUCAACAACUACUUCCUGCUCAGCCUGGCCUGCGCCGACCUCAUCAUCGGUACCUUCUCCAUGAACCUCUAUACCACGUACCUGCUCAUGGGCCACUGGGCUCUGGGCACCCUGGCCUGCGACCUCUGGCUGGCCCUGGACUACGUGGCCAGCAACGCCUCCGUCAUGAACCUGCUGCUCAUCAGCUUCGACCGCUACUUCUCCGUGACCCGGCCCCUGAGCUAUCGAGCCAAGCGCACACCCCGCCGGGCGGCCCUGAUGAUCGGCCUGGCCUGGCUGGUCUCCUUCAUCCUGUGGGCUCCGGCCAUCCUCUUCUGGCAGUACCUGGUAGGGGAGCGGACGGUCCUGGCCGGGCAGUGCUACAUCCAGUUCCUCUCGCAGCCCAUCAUCACCUUCGGCACAGCCAUGGCCGCCUUCUACCUCCCGGUCACGGUCAUGUGCACGCUCUACUGGCGCAUCUACCGGGAGACGGAGAACCGGGCCCGGGAGCUGGCGGCCCUGCAGGGCUCCGAGACGCCCGGGAAGGGGGGCGGCAGCAGCAGCAGCUCUGAGCGGUCCCAGCGGGGGACGGAGGGCUCCCCAGAGACCCCUCCGGGCCGCUGCUGCCGCUGCUGCCGGGCGCCCAGGCUGCUGCAGGCCUACAGCUGGAAGGAAGAGGAGGAAGAGGAUGAAGGCUCCAUGGAGUCCCUCACGUCCUCCGAGGGGGAGGAGCCCGGCUCCGAGGUGGUGAUCAAGAUGCCCAUGGUGGACCCCGAGGCCCAGGCCCCGGCCAAGCAGCCCCCCCGGAGCUCCCCCAACACGGUCAAGAGGCCAACCCGGAAGGGGCGCGAGCGGGCGGGCAAGAGCCAGAAGCCCCGGGGGAAGGAGCAGCUGGCCAAGCGGAAGACCUUCUCGCUGGUCAAGGAGAAGAAGGCGGCUCGGACCCUGAGCGCCAUUCUGCUGGCCUUCAUCGUCACCUGGACGCCGUACAACAUCAUGGUGCUGGUGUCCACCUUCUGCAAGAACUGUGUUCCCGAGACCCUGUGGGAGCUGGGCUACUGGCUGUGCUACGUCAACAGCACCAUCAACCCCAUGUGCUACGCGCUCUGCAACAAAGCCUUCCGGGACACCUUCCGCCUGCUGCUGCUCUGCCGCUGGGACAAGCGUCGCUGGCGCAAGAUCCCCAAGCGCCCGGGCUCUGUGCACCGCACCCCCUCCCGCCAGUGCUGAGGGCCCCUAGCCGGCGUCCAGGCCCGCCACCCCAGGCCCUGGGACAGCCCAGCAGGAAGGAAGCAGGCAGGGGCUGCGACCUCAGACCCAGGGCCCUGCUCUGUCCUCACCAGG